AUGGCCCAAACGCUACUCUCAAAAUUCAUGAUGCCCCUUGGGUCCUUGUUCCGUAUCGAAACCAGGUUGGAUAAAAAGCCCGAGAAGCCUAGUAUCACAGGCGGGGACGACUCCAUCCAGAACAAGCCCGUGAAAUGUGAGAUCAAGCAUCUAGAUAGCCGCUUCGACGAAGAAGACAACCAGUAUUUCUGCGAGCGCAAGGUCGUUGAGGUGAAAACAAGCCCCGAGAACCAGGACUGGUGGCGUCUGUCUGCGUUUUGCCUAGUGAAGCACUACGACUCAGACGGCGACCUCGAUUCUACGCAGCUUUACGUCAACCCUCAGCCUAUGAGGGAUCUCCUGCGCGAUGUUAUUGGAGACUACCCGGGUGACCCUAUCGACGAUGCAGACGUGAGGAUCGAGUCACCGUACCACUCGCUCUUCCACCACAGGAAGCAGAUCGAGUCCGACGGUACUCAGCGCUUUAGAGACGACGAGGAGUCCAAAGCGCAGCUCGAUAUCCUCCUUGACUGGAUCAAGAAGCGCUUCGAGCAGGAGAUCACAGCUUCUGAGAGAUGCCUCUCCGGUGACCUUAAGGCCAUAUCGUAUGAUAAACUAUGGACCCUUUUCCCUCCUGGCACCAUUGCGUAUAUGAAGCCCCACGGCGAAGACCGCGCAUUCCGCGUUCGGCAGACCUGGUACGACGAUGAUGACGAUAACAGCGAGCCAGGCAUGAACUUGUCAUUGGAAUACGUCGACUAUGAUGGCGAGACUUUGGGGACUCGGCGGAUGAAUGGUUUCAUCCGGAAGUACCAAGGCAACCAGCAACUCAGCGAGCUCAGCAUCAUGCCUCUAAACCUCAUUGACGAUGCCCCGGAUGUUCGCCGGAAACUACUAGAGCGGGGCAGGAAGUUUGAGGGGUACGUCGGGCAGCACUUCCUACAGUACGACGGGAUCGCCUUCAAGCUGUCAUGUAACGGGAUGAUAGAGCACUCGGACGAGGAGGCGCUCCUCACGAAUGCGAGGGUGCGGGGCUACUCGUUCUCGGUGAAGAAGUUCCUCGAGUUUUCUGUCGAGAUGCUCGCGCCCAUCCGGUGGAACUCUAACUGCUUUGAUAGCCUAGUACUCGAUCCGUCAGUCAAGAAGACAAUGCAAGCCCUUGUUUCCGUUCACAGUCAGGAGCGCGACUCAUUUGAUGACAUCGUGGAGGGCAAGGGCCAAGGCCUUGUCUGUGUGCUUCAUGGCCCUCCCGGUGUUGGAAAGACACUGACGGCCGAGUGCGUUGCCGAGUAUGUGAAACGACCGUUAUAUAUGGUGUCUUCCGGAGAUCUGGGAACCUCUAGCACCGACCUUGAUCGGCAGUUGACAGACAUUAUGGACAUGGCAGCGACGUGGCGCGCUGUGCUACUGAUAGACGAGGCAGACGUCUUCCUUGAGCGCCGCUCCCUACACGAUCUGCACCGAAACGCCAUGGUCAGCGUUUUCCUGCGCGUGUUAGAGUAUUACAGCGGUAUCUUGUUCCUAACCACGAACCGCGUGACGACCUUUGAUGACGCCUUCAAGUCACGGAUCCACAUCCCCAUCCGCUAUACAGACCUCAGCAUCGAGUCGCGCGCCGAAAUCUGGCGAACCUUCUGCCAGAGAGUGCCAGGUGGCGUGGACAUCGACGACAGCGGCAUCGCCACGCUCGCCGAGCACGACCUAAACGGACGGCAAAUCAAAAACAUUAUCAAGGCUGCCGAGAGCCUAUCUGCGUUUGACAAUGUCCGGCUCGAUCUCGCGCAGAUAAAGCAGGUCACCAAGAUCCAAGCGACUUUUGAGAAGGAUCUAGACAGCGUAAUCGGCGUCGACUACACAGCUCCGGGGCGAUAUCAUUGGGGCUUUCUCAUCGGCCUAAAGAACGAAGACCAUUCUCAAGUUCCUGGCGUGCGCUAUCACGUCAAGAACCACCCGGUUCAGGGCUGGAUCUACGAGGAAGUUCAGGUCACUGAUGUAAGAAGCACUACUAACCUCCUCGCGCGUGUUACAAUCGCCAAAGUUGAAGAUGAGAACCGGGUCAUCGAUAUUUUUCGCAACACACCCGUUCUCCAGGGCGACCCAAACUGGCGGUGCCGCACUUAG